UUGAUCUCUACCUCGAAUGCAGAAGCUCAUUUUUAUAUUUUAAAAGGCUGCUAAAUUCAGUUUAUUGCUCGCGAUGGAAAUGUCCACCAUAAUUUGCAGGCUGUGCCUCAACCAAAACCAACCCGAUUAUUCAAUUUUGAACGAAAAUGAGCACUUGAUAAGUCUUAUUUUCGACUAUCUUACAAUUGAGAUUGUUCAAGACAGUUUGGAGGAUUAUUACAUCUGCCGAGAUUGCCAGGACACGUUGGAGACAUUUGUCGAUUUCAAAUCCCGGUGCCUACAAAAUGAUGCUGAAUUUCAGAGCAAGUAUCAGUUCAAGCAGGAAAUCUCGUGGGAUAUCGAUGAACCGAAACAAAUGGAACAAAUUCCGGAGACGGUUGAGACUCAAGAAAUCGAAAUCAAGUCCGAAUCAGAGUUGAAUGUCAAGUUGGAGGAGGAUCCAUCCAGCGAACCAACCAAGCUGCAAACCGAUAAAUACGUCCGCGAUCGUCGCAAGUUGCCGUGCCACAUUUGUGGAAAGUUUAUCUCGAACGCCCAGUACACGGUGCACGUUUCGUUGCACAGCAUCGAGGGUCGGGAAUUUUCGUGCCCCAUCUGCGGUCGGUCCUACCGGCAGAAGCACAACCUUAAAAAGCACCUGAACACGCACACGAAAGCCGUGAUGCAUCCGUGCAGCGCUGAGGGAUGUGGCAAGCAGUUCGAUUCGGCUUCGACCCUGCGGAAGCAUUUCAAAAUUAUGCACACCAACAUCCGCGACCACGUUUGCAAAAUCUGUGGGCGAGGGUUUGCGAUCGCGAGUGGUCUAAGUGGCCACAUGCGGACCACGCAUUGCACCGAGAAGACCCACGGUUGUCCGGAGUGUGGGAAGCUGUUCAAGACGCCUGGCGAAGUUAAGCUACACCUGAAGAUUCAUACUAAGCGGGAUCCAUAUCCGUGCCCAGAUUAUGAUGAAUCGUUUCCAAAGGCAUCGAUCCUGAAGCAGCACAGAGCAGAAGUUCAUAAUUUUGUAUUUGUAGUGAAAGCAGAGGCGUUGGCUAGCUUACCAAUUUGAUAAUAAGUAAAGUUUUUUUUUUUUUUUGUCAUUGAGCUUUAUAUUCAAAAACUAACUUUUUUCAAUCCAUUCAUCUCUAUUCGAUGUCUAAGCACUACCUAUGGCAGUGUGGCUUGGAUGGCAUGACGUCAGGUAUAAUAUUAAUUUUAAUAAACAUCUGACCAAUCUUCACUGAAAUUUCCAGAGCACUAAGGCUACCAACCAACAGAACGGAUUUUCAACCCACAGAUUUGUACGGAACUAAAGUGAAAAUGACAGCUUUUUGCCUUCCUCACCUUACUGAGGAAAGGCUAUAGAAUCACUCGAAAAAUUAACUUCUCAUUUAGACCUCCUAGACCCACCUUCAUGUAUACCUAUCGACUCAGAAUCAAAUUCUGAGCAAAUGUCUGUGUGUGUGGUGGGAUGUUGAUCCAAAAAUUGUCACUCGAUUAUCUCGAGACUGGCUAAACCGAUUUUGUCCGUUUUGGCCUCAUUCGAUCCGUCUUGGGGUCCCAUAAGUCGCUAUUAAAAAUUAUAAUUUAGUUAUAGUUAUAGUUUAGUUAAGUACUUCAAAAGUUAUGCUAAAAAAAACCAUUUUGACUAAAGUUCGGAAGAUUGUAAAAAGGGUGGUUUUUGUAAGAAACCCCGUCAUGUUAUACAUUUUCAUUUAAAAUACCUUUCCAACGCUUCCAAGACAUUGAAGAUCUGAUAACCCUAUCAAAAGUUAUAAGCACUUAAGUGUUAUUUAUGCACUUUUUGGAGGCCGGAUCUCAGAUAUUGUAAUAGAAAUAUUGUCUGAAUCUUCCACGCGAACUAUCGUUGAAUAGGUUUUUUAUCAGACCUUGCGAUGAGCCAGAAAUAUUGAAGGUCUGCGAACCCUAUCAAAAGAAAUGAGUAAUAAAGUUGAUUUGUUAA